AUGGAUGCAGACUCUGUCCGUCGGCAAGCUGCAGAGAUUGAAGCUAUACAGGCAAUCUAUGCGGAAGAUGGAGAAUUUGAGUUGCUGCAAGAGCCAGAGGAAGGACAAGCCACAGGUGCCUCCUUCAGGGUUUGCUGUCCUCCUCUCGGUAGUCUCUUGAUCAACUUGCCAGCGGCCUACCCUGCACAAGGCCGUCCAGCAUUCAUACUGGAAAGGAUACGUGGCCCUGCAGCGGAGACCGCGCAACUAGGCCUACAAGAACUCGCAGAUGAAAACUUGGGUGAGGAAUGCAUCUUCAACGUCCUGUCACGAGCGAUUGAGGUUGCAGAAUCAGCUGGCUUGGAGCCCAGCGGGAAAGAGGCCGUUCCCACCUUUCUACGUGCUUUCGGCAGUUUGUCGGGCUAUGCCAAACAGGUGCAGGCGGAAAGUUCCCCUUCCGAAGCGGAACAGGCAAGUGCACAAUGUUCAAUGAAUGGUUCGAGAUGCUGCUAG